AUGUCAGCCCCUAUUAAAAAGAGUGCAGCAUGCUACUACACUGACUCACCUUUCGUCGAUGAUAUAGCCAUGGUCGAAAUGUCGAGAAAGUUCAGCUUCCCCCACAUGAAGAUUUUUGAUGGAACGUCUAAUCCCGAUGAUCAUAUCGCUCAACACAGGCAAAGAAUGUUCACCGUUGCCAUCCCACGCGACAUGAGGGAAGCAUGCAUGUGUAAGGGGUUUGGUUCCAGUCUAAUUGGACCAGCCCUCCAGUGGUAUACUAAUUUACCUAAUAAUUCUAUUUCUACUUUUGAACAAUUGAUUGACACUUUUGUUGAGCAGUUUGCCAAUAGUAGGAAACUUGAAAAGUCUGCAGAAAACCUCUACAUCAUAGUUCAACGACAGGGUGAGCCCUUACGAGAUUACGUAGGCUGCUUCAACAAAGAGAAUGUGUCUAUAAUCCAUUGUAAUCAGGACAUAGCCAUCUCAGCCUUCCGCAAAGGACUCCGAUACGACUCAGACCUAUACAAAGAACUUACCAAGUAUCCUUGGAAGACGAUGGAAGACGUUCUCGCCAAAGCCUGGGCACAGAUCAAAUGGGAGGAGGAUGAAGCUAACUAUUAUCACUCUUCUCCAAGGAAAGACACUCGAAGAGACUCAAGGGUAGACAGACGGCAGAGUGAGAGACGAUCCGAGCCAUACCCAUAUCCUAGUAGAUCUGAGAACAGAAGGAGGGAGUACAAUCAGUCGUACGAGACACGUCUCCGAGAUGGACCAAAGAUACCAGAAUACAAUCUUUCAAUCUCACCAAUUGAAGUCGUUGGCUUACUGAAAGGACUCGGAGACAAAGUGAAAUGGUCAGAAAUGAUGAGGACUCCAUUUGACCAACGUGGUCACCUGACUAACUUGCUCACAGACAAAGGAAAACGAACAUUCCAGCAGGAGGCAAACAAGUCAGUCAUCCGAAGAGAAGUAACCCCGCCGAAGCCACUUACUCAUGAACGGAUAGUGAAAGUAAUAAUUGGUGGCUCUGAGGUAAGCGGAGUCACCCAUUCAGUAGCCAAAAGACAUGCCAGGCAUACCAAUUGGAUCAAAGGAGAGUCCAGUGGGACAAAGAAGAAUACCAUCAACCUACCAGCUCAAACCAUCAGUUUCUCAACAACAAAGUUAACCAGACUCCUCAGCCCGCAUCACGAUGCUCUUGUUAUUGCACUUUACAUUGCUAACUGCCUUACUAAACGUAUACUUAUUGAUAAUGGCAGUUCAGUUAACAUUUUAUUUUUAAGUGCUCUUAGGGAAAUGGGGAUAGAUGAAUCAAAGAUCAUAAAAAAGACUACAAUCCUCACCGGUUUCAGUGGAGAGCAAAAGAACACACUAGGAGAGAUCGAGCUACCUGUCUAUGCCGAAGGAGUCAAUCUGCACACAAGAUUCCUGGUAGUAGACUCUCCGUCUGGUUCUAACGUGAUACUAGGUCGACCAUGGAUACAUGAAAUGGAGGCAGUCCCUUCAACAUACCACCAAGUUCUAAGGUUCCCAACUAAAUGGGGAGUAAAAGAAAUCAAAGGCCAGCAGAAGGACUCAAGAGCAUGUUACCAGACUACCAUAAAUGCCAAACCCGCUCAGUUAUAG